AUGGCUGGCAGGCCUGCCCUGUGGCUGGGCCCUCUGCUCCUGCUUUCCCUCGGGGGGCCCUCAGCUCCAGCCUCCCUCCUGAGGCGCCUGGGGGAGCACAUUCAGCAGUUUCAGGAAAGCCAGGGCCUGAGCCUGACUUUAGGCCCAGGUGCUGGGGCCCUCCCGAAACAAGGGUGGCUGGAGCAGCCACUGGACCCCUUCAACACGUCCGACCAGCGAUCCUUCCUGCAGCGGUACUGGGUGAAUGACCAGCAUUGGGCCAGCCAGCGUGGACCUGUGUUCCUGCAUCUGGGGGGCGAGGGCAGCCUCAGGUCUGGCUCAGUGAUGAGAGGGCACCCUGCAGCCCUGGCCCCAGCCUGGGGAGCCCUGGUGAUAGGCCUGGAGCACAGGUUUUAUGGCCUGAGUAUACCUGCUGAGGGCCUGGACGUGGCCCAGCUCCGCUUCCUGUCCAGUCGCCACGCGCUGGCGGACGUGGCCUCUGCCCGCCGCGCACUCGCCCGCCUCUUCAACGUCUCCACCGCCAGCCCCUGGAUCUGCUUCGGAGGCUCGUACGCCGGCUCCCUGGCUGCCUGGGCCAGGCUGAAGUUCCCUCACCUCAUUCUCGCCUCCGUCGCCUCCUCCGCUCCGGUGCGCGCCGUGCUGGAUUUCUCGGAGUAUAACGAGGUGGUGUCCAGAAGCCUAACGAGCACGGCUGUCGGCGGAUCCCCGGAGUGCCGGGCGGCGGCGUCCUCAGCCUUCGCGGAGGUGGAGCGGCGGCUGCGCGCGGGCGCGGCUGCUCGCGCUGCGCUGCGGGCGGAGCUGGGCGCCUGCUCGUCCCUGGGGCGGGCGGAGGACCAGGCGGAGCUGCUGGGGGCGCUGCAGGCCCUGGUGGGGGGCGCCGUGCAGUACGACGCGCAGGCGGGAGUGCCGCUGAGCGUGCGGCGGCUCUGCGGACUCCUCCUCGAAGACCGGCGCAACGGCAGCCGCUCUGCGUCCUACCACGGGCUCCGGCGGGCAGUACAAGUCGUCAUGCGCAGCCUCGGCCAGCGGUGUCUAAGCUUUUCCCGAGCAGAGACAGUGGCACAGCUGCGGGUCACAGACCCGCACGUGUCCGGUGUGGGUGACCGGCAGUGGUUAUACCAGACUUGCACAGAGUUCGGCUUCUAUGUCACCUGUGAGGACCCCAGAUGCCCUUUCUCCCAGCUCCCAGCGCUGCCUUCCCAGCUGGAGCUAUGUGAGCAGGUGUUCGGGCUCUCAACCGCAUCCAUAGCGCGGGCCGUGUCCCAGACCAACUCCUACUACGGUGGCCAGACCCCGGGGUCCACCCACGUGCUCUUCGUUAAUGGGGACACAGACCCCUGGCACGUGUUGAGCGUAACACAAGCCUUGGGACCCUCGGAGUCAGCCCUUCUCAUCCCUGGUGCCUCCCACUGCAUGGACAUGGCACCCGAGAGGCCCUCGGACUCCCCCAGCCUCCGCCUAGGGCGCCAGAGCAUCCUCCAGCAGCUGCAGACCUGGCUCGGGCCAGCAAAGGAGAGCCAGGUGAGCAGUGCGGGCUGAGGGGCCCAGACCCCCGCCACUCCCUGCGUGGCCACCUCAGUCCUGGAUGAACUCACUGGGUGGGAGAAAGCAGCUUGUGUUGCACGAGGAAAUCCCCGAGA